AUGAUUUCCUCUGUUUGUAGUUUUAUAAGGUUAAUUUUACUCAUAGCUGCCGUCGCAAGUAGCAUUGCAGCAGCCGCUUCUAUCCCUCUCCCCGGAAGAAAGAUCUUUGAUGUUCGAAGCUAUGGCGCUCGCGGUGACGGCAAAACCGACAAUGCUAUGGCGUUUACAAAGGCGUGGAAAGAAGCGUGCGAAUGGAAAGGAUUCCCUAGAGUCUACGUACCAUUUGGAACCUUCUACCUCGGUGGCGUAAUCUUCACGGGACCAUGUAAAAGUCGGAUUAGUUUCAUCAUCAAAGGAACUUUGUUAGCACCUAAAGAAGCUAACGCCAUCAAAGAAGAGACGUGGAUCAUUUUCAGGUACGUUGACUAUCUCACAGUCUCAGGCGGCGGUAUUCUUGAUGGACAAGGAAGCUACUCUUGGCCACUCAACAAUUGCCGCCAAAACUCUAAUUGCCGGGCUCUACCUAUGAACAUGGGGUUCCAAUUCGUGAGAUUCUCAAGAAUCAGCCACAUCAGAUCGAUCAAUAGCAAAAUGGGUCACCUCAACUUCUUCGGAGUACAAAAUUUUAACAUCUCACGCAUGAGCAUUAGGUCCCCCGGAGAUAGCCCUAACACCGACGGAAUCAAGAUAGGUUUAUCAAGCAACAUGAAGAUCGACAAUGUUGACAUCGGAACUGGCGACGACUGCAUCGCGAUCUUGUCGGGGACCACCAAUUUGGAUAUCUCCAAUGUCAACUGUGGACCGGGACAUGGAAUCAGCGUUGGAAGUCUUGGAAGGUAUAAAGAUGAGAAGAGCGUUCAGGGAAUAACGGUUAGGGAUUCCAUCUUUAACGGUUCGACUAAUGGAGUACGGAUCAAGACAUGGGGUUCGACGAGUACACCGAACUUAGUUUCUAAUUUCCUUUACAAGAAUCUCCAGAUGAUUAAUGUCGGAAGCCCAAUCAACAUAGAUCAACAAUACUGUCCAACGUCAAACUGCAACUAUGAGUCUGCUUCACAUAUUCAGAUACAAGACGUGAGGUACAAUAACAUUUGGGGGACGUCUACGGACAAAGUGGCCGUAAAAUUACAAUGCAGCAAGAAUUUUCCUUGCAAAGGGGUUGAGCUCACCGACGUUAACUUAGUACACAGUGGACCCGACGGUCCAGCCACCGCUUUCUGUGAGAAUGUUGGCGGUAGGACACAUGGCAAGAUAGCUCCUCCCUCUUGCAUUCGUUGA